UGAAUGCGCCUUGAAUAUCUUCAAGGCAGCAUUAAGGUAGCACCUGUGAGGCCAGGCACCCAUAUUAGCCAACUCAGGUGGGGCUUGCAGCUUGCCUCCCUCCUCCCAUUGCAUGUGUGCUCAGUCACGCUGGAGGGUAUCUGGGAGGAAGUUGUGAGUCAACCGAAUGCUGCCGUAAUUGCCCACUGGCCCCUGUUUUGCUUAUCAAGCACAGGUUCUGGAUGGGCUAUAUCUGGGAAAUAUACGUGAUGCUGAGGACAAAGCGACUUUGAGCAGACAUGGCGUCACACACAUUAUGUCCAUCCAUAACAAUGCUAAGCCUUUACUGCCGGAAAUGACCUAUCUGUGUAUAGCGGCCUCUGACUCAGAGCGACAGAAUUUGAUUCAGUUUUUUAAGGAGAGCAUCAAGUUUAUUCAUGAAUGUCGUCUAAAUGGAGGCAGCUGCCUUGUACACUGCUUGGCAGGAGUAUCUCGCAGCACCACCAUCUUGAUUGCCUAUCUCAUGACGGUGACAUCAUUCGGCUGGGAGGAAUGCCUGUCUGCUGUAAAAGCUGUAAGGUCGUAUGUGGGUCCGAACCUUGGAUUUCAGCAGCAGCUGCAGGAAUAUGAAAUGACGUUACUGAAAGAGCACAGAAUGUGGCUGCGGCAGGAGUACGGAGGAAGCCCUUUCAAAGAUCAAGAAAAAGUCAUGAGAUUAUUGUCAGAACAAGAGCAGAAAGAGCAACUAAGGCAAACACAGAGCCAUUGGAUCAAUCGGCCUGGAACAGACUAUUCGCUGCCUUACAAAGCAUAUGGCUCCAGAAACAGGUGGAACAACAUAUAGGACAUGUGGAAGGACAUGCAAUAACCAACAAGAUGGCUUUUGUGCUUCACUCCCUUCAGUGGGGAUCAGACAUCAGCAGCUAGAAAGACUGACAAUUCAUCACAACAUACUAAAAAGUCUGAUAUACUUUUCUGAUACACUGAUUUCUGCUCUCAGUGAAUAGAAACAUUUUGGUUUCUAUUCAGAAACAAAAACAUUUGUCCAGAUCGAAUACUUCUCACAGCUGAGGAUUUGAUUAUGUGUAUUAGGUCAGUUUAGGAGAUCAGCAGCAUAUUACCGUCCUGGACUACAGACUGAUAUGUUUUAGGCUGCACUCACACUAAGUUUUGUCCAUACGGGGACCGAAUGCGGGAGGAGGAUUUCAUAUCCCAGCCGGACCCGGCUCCGAUCUCAUUCAUUUGAAUGAGCCGACCGGAGUCAGAUAGAUAGACUCGUAUUGUUUUUUUUGGCCGGACUGAAAACCGUGGUCUGCUGCGGUUUUCAGUCCAGCCAGAAAACAAUAUACGGGGCAAAAAAGAGCCGACCGGAGUCACUAUCUGAUGCCGGUCGGCUCAUUCAAAUGAAUGAGAAGGGGGUCGGGUCCCCAAGCUGGAUCCGGUCCCCGUAUGGACAGAACGUAGUGUGAACCCAGCCUUACAUCCGUCAAUUAAUUGUAACAACCCUGAGAUAAGUGAGCAGGACUAAGCCAGGAACAGUUUUCAGCCUCCGAAUGUAUCUGUUCGCUGACAGCAAGUAGAGAUCUGUGGUGAUAAUUUGAAGCACAAUCAAUUUUGGAAAGUUAAAAAACGUCUUAUCGUGUAAAGAGGUACCUCAGUACUUUAAAACAGAUUACUAUCUACAGGACAGGGAAUAACUGUCUGAUCGAUGCUGAGACACCCCACGAUCUCCAAGAUGGGGCUCUGACUUGCCUUGUGCAUGGAGCGGUGGGGUCAGCACACUC